CAGAACAGUAUUUAAAAGGGUACAUGCCAUUUAUUCGUACACAAACGCCGGUCUAGUCGGAUUAGUUAAUAUAAAAUUAAAAACAUGGGAUUCGAUGAAGAAGCAGUCGCACGCAAAAGACAAGGGUUACAGGUCCAAAAAAUAAUUUCUAUUAUCGUGUGUGUUUCAUCUCCGAUCCUGCUUAUUCUAGGAAUAGCCAUUCUAGCGACACAGGAUGGUGCAAGCUACCCUAUCGUUGGUGGUUCGCCUAUCUAUGUCGGAGUCUAUGGAUUUGUUUUAGGAUGCAUAGGAAUUAUAGCCAACUCCGUGGCUAUUGAAUCUAUAACAACGCAGGAAGAGACAGCUAAGCAAAGAAACCUGUGGAAUGGUUUUUUUGGAUUGUUGUGUGCUUCGUUUGGAGUUCUUGGAUAUCCCUCGAGUGAAGUUAUUAGAGGAGCUAUCAGUUGCGCUGAAAAAAAGAAGGAAUGUGGAAAUUCACAUCAAGACACUUUGAUGGCGUUGUUUAUUGUGGCUUCCAUUUUGGUGCAAGUGAUUAAUUGUAGUAACAUCAUUCUGUUAUGUUAUUGGCGCAAAUUUCGUGGAAAAACAUCACAAGGUCCAUGUGUAACAGCUAAAACUUCUCCUCCAAAAUAUACAUAGGGUAUAGAUAGAGACAUAUACAACAAAUUGAAUUUUUUGUCUGGCAUGGAGCAAGUAAAUGCGUCCGUUUUAUUCUCUUCACAAACACCUAGAGCAAGGAAAUACACACGAAGCUUUGAGCGGGGGAAUACACCACUUUUAGAUUUCUGUUAUAUUGUAAAUUAUCUAUUAGCUUUAAUUUAUUGAGUUAAAUUUAAUUAUGUGUUGUUGUGACACAUACGUUAUAGUUAGCUUCUCUUGACAUUGUAAACUAAUGAAUGAAUGAUCUUUAUCUCUCUAGUAUAGACAAUGACAACAUUGUAUGUAAACUAAUGAAUGAAUGAUCUUUAUCUCUCUAGUAUAGACAAUGACAACAUUGUAUGUAAACUAAUGAAUGAAUGAUCUUUAUCUCUCUAGUAUAGACAAUGACAACAUUGUAUGUAAACUAAUGAAUGAAUGAUCUUUAUCUCUCUAGUAUAGACAAUGACAACAUUGUAUGUAAACUAAUGAAUGAAUGAUCUUUAUCUCUCUAGUAUAGACAAUGACAACAUUGUAUGUAAACUAAUGAAUGAAUGAUCUUUAUCUCUCUAGUAUAGACAAUGACAACAUUGUAUGUAAACUAAUGAAUGAAUGAUCUUUAUCUCUCUAGUAUAGACAAUGACAACAUUGUAUGUAAACUAAUAAAUGAAUGAUCUUUAUCUCUCUAGUAUAGACAAUGACAACAUUGUAUGUAAACUAAUGAAUGAAUGAUCUUUAUCUCUCUAGUAUAGACAAUGACAACAUUGUAUGUAAACUAAUGAAUGAAUGAUCUUUAUCUCUCUAGUAUAGACAAUGACAACAUUGUAUUGAGCAUAUUCAAUAACAUCAACAUGUACAUUUCGAUAUUCCUAGAAAAUGUAUAUAAUACUCCUAUUAAAACAUGAAUGUUUGGUAUGUUUCAUACAUAUAGGUAACGCACUACCUCAGCUGUCUUGAAGGAAAUAUAUUGUUUUCCAAGCAAAUACCAAUCAAUCUAUGAAUCCUAGUAUGUGUUACGUGUGUGGAUCAUUUUAAUCAGUAUGAAUAGGUAAUAGUUCUGUUGGUAUUCAUGAAAUCCGAAACAAGAUAUAAACAUUCAAAUAUAUAUUUUUAUACAAUGUAUAGAUGUAUUGAACAUUAUCUGAGUAUAGAUUUAAACGAAUAAAA